ACUCGAGUCAGCAGUAAAAUUGUUCACUGACUCCGAAAAAGACGUCUAUACAGCACUUUUCUUGUCGUCUCCGUAUGUGUGUUGUGUGUGGUGUCGCGAGUAGGAAAAAUUUUUGCUGAAAAAUAUCCAUUUUCCGUCGUGCAUGCGAACCAAAAUUGCGUGAAAAUCCUCAAAAAUCCCCGUGAUAAGAGCAACAAGACACUAAACAACCGCAACAAAUUGUAGUAUUUUAGUUAGGAUAAUCAAUUUUUGUAGAGAAAAAAACACAAAAAGUAGCAAAUAAGAAGGAGUUGGAAAAUUUCUGUGCAAUCCUGUGAAGAAGAAAAAAAAAUCACUUUUCUCGCUUUUCGUUUGGCAAAAACAACAAAUCAUGACAAAAUAGGACUCGUGUGAUUUAAAAAAAAUUAUUAGAUAGGAAAAAUUAUUUGAAAAAAAAAAUAAAUAAAAAAAAUCUGAUUUUAAGAAAAGUGAAAGAAGAAGAAAAAAACAAACAAAUUUUAAAGUAGUCAAAAAUUUUUUAAAUUUUUGUUCUAAGUCAUAAAAUUGAGUUGCUUAAAAAUUACAAUAAAGUGAGUGAAAAUAGCCAAAAACAACAAAACGACUGAGAAAAAAAAAUAUUUAAGGCUCCCCUCGUUAAAAAAAGUCCUAAAAUAAACAAAAAUGUCGACGAAUGCAAACGAUGCGAAUUUUAUAAUUUUCCCAAAUAUUGCCGAGUGCUCCUAUGUUAGUUGUUACUGUGAGGAAAACGUAUGGAAAUUAUGUGAAUUGGUGAAGAAGACACAUCCACGCGAAUUGUCAAAAUGUUAUGCGGUCUUUGUGUCAAAUGAUCGUCGAACGGUGCCGUUGUGGCGUCAAAAAGCCGGCAGAGAUGAUGAAAAACUCGUCAUUUGGGAUUAUCACGUGUUCUUUAUGCACAAUCCGUCGCCCCAUCGAUGUCUCGUUUUCGAUUUGGACACGACGCUGCCCUUUCCCACGUACUUUCACAAAUAUGUCACGGAAACAUUUCGCUCAGAUCAUGCAGUGCCGCCCGAACAUCGUCGAUAUUUCCGUGUGAUACCUGCCGAAACGUAUCUGGAAGAGUUUUCGUCGGAUCGGAGGCACAUGCGACGUCCCGAUGGAUCGUGGAUUAAACCGCCGCCGUCAUAUGCGCCGAUCCAGACAUCAGCAAGUAGUCAUAGCUUGGACGACUUCAUUUGUAUGAAACCCGGCAAAGGUCCCGGCGUAGUCUACGAUUUGUUACAUUUUGUCCAAACGUUCUUCAAGCCGCCAGACCGAACAAAAACCCAGAAUUAAGAUAUAGGAGAAAAAAAAUUGUUCGCGACGAGAUGCUGAAAAAAAAUUUUAGACAUGUAAGAAGACACCAGCUGUUGUUACAAAAAAUAAGAUAAGCCUAAAAAAAUAAUUAAUACGAAAAAUAAUAAUUAAUAAUAAAUAACAUGUUUCAUUUUUGAUAUAAACUGCAAGAAAAAAAAAAUAACAA